AUGACCAAAUUCAUCGGAUCCUUCGCCCUCUCCGCCCUCGCCCUCCUGGGUGCCGUCCAAGCCCGCAAGGGCAACAUUGGCCAAAUCGCUCAAGUCCAAUCCGCCGAAAACUUUUGUUUCUUCCUCCCUCCAAUGGAGGGCGGCAACAUUUCCGACAAUGAAGACCGAGCCAUCUCAUUCUGUACAAAGCCCAUGUCCAAAGCCCCCGGUGCCCGUUUAUUCCCCAAGGGGUUUAUCGAAUCCGCACAUUUCAAGGAAAACAAGGAACAGAACUGGGUCCAGGUCACGGGAAAGAUGAUCCCUCAGCUGUAUAGUCUUUCGAAAAAGGAUGAUGGUGGACAAUAUGAUGUCAUGGCCCCCGUAGGUGCUGCUUGUGCUGAUUACAAGUACUUUGUCAACAUGGUCGAGCCUGAUGACUCGCUGUUCUGUAUGCGCUGCUGUCAGACAAAGGAGGACUGCCCUGUCGGAAAGAGCACCUAUGGGUGCAAAGCUGUCAUUGACGGAGAAUACUAA